CCAAUAUGCCUGUGGAGGUGAUAAAAGAUCCUUCCAUAACUAUCAACCCUGGUGCAGAGUUGGUAAAUUUUGUGAUGAAGAAAGUGAAAGAAACAGAUCAGCUGCCCAAAGGUAUAUCCACGCUCAAAAAAUCAACUAAAAAGCAGAGAGCUAACGUAAUAUUGAAACUAGAAGACAUUUUAUGGCUAAACAAUUACUUAAAAGAGUACAGAAAGACUUCUGAAGAGAAGGUCUAUCUGCAUGAAUUUUUGGAAACUUCCAAAGUGAAUCUUCCAGUACCUGAAAUAACCCCAAGAAACCCUGAACUUGAAGCUAGAAUACAGAAGUUGAUAAUGCAACAAAAUGAUAGGGAAUACAGAGCUAUGACAAAAAGCGUCGAUGCUGUUAGAAAGAAGUUGCCUGAAGACACUCUCGCCUAUCAAAUGAAAGAGAUGAACAAGCAGUUGAUUGCAAUUGCUCAAUUUGUAUUCUCUGUACUAGCUGGUUUUGUGUUUGGCUUCAUCGGAGUGGAAUUGAUCAUUGGUGGUUUGGACUUUGGAUUUAGACUUUUACUUGGCAUAAUGUGCGCCCUGAUUAUAGCCCUGGCAGAGAUAUAUUUUCUAGCUAAAAAGCUUAAUGAAGAAGACUAUAUUCUCAGUCACGAGGAACUACCAAAGCAAAAACUACACCAAGAGUAACAUCUGCAGAAGAGCAAUGUCACAAUUUUUAUUGGUUCCUCAGAAACGACUUUCUUCUCAAACUUUUGAAUAAGCACAUGAGUUUUAAUAUCCUGAGCUGUGAUUUCCUUCACAUUUUGUUUCAUUAUGUACCAUUGAGUUUGAAGUUUAAUAAAUGAUUAAUUCAAAGUA